UGGGUUUGUCCUGCAGUCCGUUCCUACCCCCUCUCUCCUGCCUCUGCCUCUCCGUGUCCCCUCCCCUCUUCCAAACAGGGCAAUUCCCGAACUUUUUCUCUUUUUCUCACCAGGCUAUAGUUCAAUAUUCCAUCCCGGGGCGCGUAUCCUGCCUCUGAUUCCGACCGGGCUGCUCGACGCCAAGGCGCUGCUACAGCUGAAGCCUCUUCUCUGGAGAGCUCACCGGGACUCGGUCUGGAUCCAGGUCUUCAUCACGCCCCUCAGUCUGGGUCCAAACGGGAACGGAACGUCACAGAGCGACCGCUAGCAGGGCUAGGAGGGCCGGCCACACCGACCAAUGGGAUCAGGGAAGCUGGCUCAGGUGCUGCUGGGAUGGGCGGCCGUGUGCCUCGGGGCCGUCCACGUGGCCGGCGCUCAGACCGGGACCACCGGGACCGGACCGCACCAAGCCAGCCGCUUCACCGGCGCUGUGGAUCAGAGGGAGGUGCAGCGGGUCCGACGCCGAGGCCAGGAGACGCUGAGAGGGCCCAAUGUGUGUGGCUCUCGCUUCCAUUCGUACUGCUGUCCGGGCUGGAAGACGCCCGGGGGGAACCAGUGUAUCGUUCCAAUCUGCAGGAAUUCAUGCGGUGAUGGAUUCUGCUCCAGACCCAACAUGUGUACCUGUUCCAACGGUCAGCUCUCUCCAAGCUGUGGAGCCGGAGGUGGAGUUCAGUCCUGUAACGUCAGGUGUAUGAACGGAGGCAGCUGCUCCGAGGACUCCUGCUCCUGUCCGAAGGGAUACACCGGCAGCCACUGUGGACAGCCUGUGUGUGAGAACGGCUGCCAGAACGGUGGACGCUGCAUCGGACCCAACAGAUGCGCCUGUGUCUACGGUUUCACUGGCCCGCAGUGCGAGAGAGACUACCGGACGGGGCCGUGCUUCACCCAGGUCAACAACCAGAUGUGCCAGGGCCAGCUCAGCGGCAUCGUCUGCACCAAGACGCUGUGCUGCGCCACCAUUGGCCGAGCCUGGGGCCACCCCUGCGAGCAAUGCCCCGCCCAGCCGCACCCCUGCAGGCGAGGAUUCAUCCCCAACAUCCGCACCGGAGCCUGCCAAGAUGUGGACGAGUGCCAGGCAGUUCCAGGUCUGUGUGCAGGAGGAAACUGCAUCAACACGGUGGGAUCCUACGAGUGUAAAUGUCCCGCCGGCCACCGUCAGAGCGAAACCAGCCACAAAUGUGAAGAUAUCGAUGAGUGCAGCACCAUCCCCGGCGUGUGCGACGGAGGCGAAUGCACCAACACGGCCGGCAGCUACGUCUGCACCUGCCCACGAGGCUACAUCUCCAGCACCGACGGAUCCAGAUGUGUGGAUCAGCGCGUGGGAACCUGUUUCUCGGCUCUGGUCAGCGGUCGCUGUGCUGCAGAGCUCAGCGGUCAGUACACCAAGAUGCAGUGCUGCUGUGACACCGGACGCUGCUGGGCUUUGGGGCAAAUCCCUGAGAUGUGCCCCGUCAGAGGGUCUGAUGAAUACAGGCGUCUGUGCAUCGUCGGCGUUCCCCAAGGACACGGCCUCCCCCACAGCUACCCCAACGGACACUUCCCCAACGGCAACGGCAACGGAUUCAACUACCCCUUCAAGUUCCCGAGUGUACCGAACGGCAACGGCAACGGAGGGGUCGGAGGCAACGGAGGAAACGGCGGCAGUUUUGGAGGCAACGGAGGAGGACACUACAUCGGCACCGUGUCCGUGAACAACACCAUCGACGUGUGCAAACAUUUCACCAACUUGUGUCUGAACGGACGCUGCAUCCCGACGCCUCCCAGCUACCGCUGCGAGUGCAACAUGGGCUACAAGCAGGACGUCCGUGGGGAGUGUAUCGAUGUGGAUGAGUGUGUGAGUAACCCGUGUAUCAACGGAGACUGUGUCAACACACCUGGAUCGUACCACUGCAAGUGUCAUGAGGGGUACCAGGGAACGUCCACCAAGCAGGCCUGCAUCGACAUCGAUGAGUGCAUUGUGAACGGAGUGAUGUGUCGUAACGGCCGCUGUGUGAACACUGAGGGAAGCUUCCAGUGUAUCUGCAACGCCGGCUUUGAGCUCACUCCAGACGGAAAGAACUGCAUCGAUCAUGACGAAUGCGCCACAACCAACAUGUGUCUCAACGGCAUGUGCAUCAACGAGGACGGCAGCUUCAAGUGCAUCUGCAAACCCGGCUUCGCUCUCGCAUCGAACGGACGCUACUGCACCGACAUCGAUGAGUGUCAGACGCCUGGUAUCUGCAUGAACGGUCGCUGCAUCAACUCUGAGGGCUCGUUCCGCUGUGAGUGUCCUCCCGGCCUGGCCAUCGGCGUGGACGGCCGUGUGUGCGUGGACACACACAUGAGGACCACCUGCUACGGCGCCAUAAAGAUGGGAACGUGCUCGCGUCCUUUCCCCGGCGCCGUCACCAAGUCGGAGUGCUGCUGCGCUGAUCCAGAACACGGCUUUGGAGAACCGUGCCAGCCCUGCCCCUCCAGGAACUCUGCUGAGUUCCAGGCCGUGUGCAGCAGCGGUAUCGGCAUCACAGCUGACGGCAGAGACAUCAACGAGUGCGCCUUGGACCCAGACAUUUGCCAGAACGGUAUUUGUGAGAACCUCAGAGGAAGCUACCGCUGCAUCUGCAACAUCGGCUACGAGUCGGACACCAGUGGCAAAAACUGUGUUGACAUCAACGAGUGUCUGGUGAACCGUCUGCUCUGCGACAACGGUCUGUGCAGAAACACUCCGGGCUCCUACACCUGCUCCUGUCCCAAAGGAUUCGUCUUCAAACCCGACUCAGAGACCUGUGAAGAUAUCAACGAGUGUGAGUCCAGCCCCUGCAUCAACGGAGUGUGUCGGAACGUGGCCGGGUCCUUUAACUGCGAGUGCACCCACGGCAGCAAGCUGGACUCCACCAACACCAUCUGUGUGGACAGCAUGAAGAGUACCUGCUGGCUCACCAUCCAGGACAACCGCUGCGAGGUCAACAUCAACGGAGCCACGCUGAAGUCCGAGUGCUGCUCCACUCUGGGAGCCGCCUGGGGGAGUCCCUGCGAUCGCUGCGAGACCGACACCGCUUGCUCUCGAGGAUUUGCUCGUAUGAAGGGCCUCGUCUGCGAAGACAUUAACGAGUGUGAGGUUUUCCCUGGGGUUUGUACCAACGGCCGCUGUGUGAACACUCAGGGCUCGUUCCUCUGCGAAUGUGCCGAGGGCCUGACUUUGGACAGCAGCGGUCGCACAUGUGUGGACAUGCGCAGCGAGCAGUGCUACAUGAAAUGGCACGAGGACGAGUGUGGCCAGCCGCUGCCUGGACGGUACCGGGUGGACAUGUGCUGCUGCUCGGUGGGAGCUGCCUGGGGCGUCGACUGUGAGGAGUGUCCCAAAGCAGGAACACCGGAGUACAGAGCCAUCUGUCCCCGAGGACCCGGCUUCGCCAACAGAGGAGACAUUCUGACCGGCAGACCCUUCUACAAAGAUGUGAACGAGUGUAAGGUGUUCAACGGUCUGUGUACUUAUGGAACCUGCAGAAACACCAUCGGAAGCUUCAAGUGUCGCUGCAACAGCGGCUUCGCUCUCACCGCUGAGGAGAGGAACUGCACGGACAUCGAUGAAUGUCGGAUCUCCCCUGAUCUGUGCGGUCACGGAGCGUGUGUCAACACGCCCGGCAGCUUCGAGUGCGAAUGCUUCGAAGGCUACGAAAGCGGCUUCAUGAUGAUGAAGAACUGCAUGGACAUCGAUGAGUGUGAGAGGAACCCUCUGCUGUGUCGAGGAGGAACCUGCCUGAACACUGAGGGCAGCUACGAGUGUGAAUGUCCCACCGGACACUCGCUCAGCUCCGACGGAUCGGCCUGCGAAGAUGUGAAUGAGUGUUCGCUCAGUGACAACCUGUGUAAGAACGGGCAGUGUGUCAACAUGCCGGGAACCUACCAGUGCUCCUGUGACACCGGAUACCAGGCGACACCGGACCGGCAGGGCUGCGUCGACAUCGAUGAGUGCACCAUCAUGAACGGAGGCUGUGAGACUCACUGCACCAACUCAGAGGGAAGCUACGAGUGCAGCUGCAGCGAAGGCUACGCCCUCAUGCCCGACCUCAGGACCUGUGCAGACAUCGAUGAGUGUGAGGAGAGUCCAGACAUCUGUGAUGGAGGCCAGUGUACCAACAUUCCUGGAGAGUACCGCUGCCUGUGCUACGACGGGUUCAUGGCUUCCAUGGACAUGAGGACCUGCAUCGAUGUGAAUGAAUGCGACCUGAACCCAAACAUCUGUCUCCACGGCGACUGUGAGAACACCAAGGGCUCCUUCAUCUGCCACUGUCAGCUGGGAUACUUUGUGAAGAAGGGAUCGACGGGCUGCACAGAUGUCGAUGAAUGUGAGAUCGGAGCUCAUAACUGUGACAUGCACGCCGCCUGCAUCAACGUUCCAGGAAGCUUUAAAUGUCGCUGCCGAGACGGUUGGAGUGGAGACGGCAUCAAGUGUGUGGAUCAGGAUGAAUGCUUGGCAGAAGACCACAACUGUAACCCCAACGCUGACUGUGUGAACACACCAGGGUCCUACAGGUGCUCCUGUAAAGAAGGCUUCAAUGGAGACGGCUUCUCAUGCUCCGACAUGGACGAGUGUGCAGACAAUGUGAACCUGUGUGAGAACGGCCAGUGUCUGAACGCUCCGGGAGGUUAUCGCUGCGAGUGUGAGAUGGGAUUCACUCCGACAGAAGACAGCAAAGCCUGUCAAGACAUCGACGAGUGCAACUUCCAGAACAUCUGUGUGUUUGGAACGUGUCAGAACCUUCCGGGGAUGUUCCGCUGUGUGUGCGACGACGGCUACGAACUGGACCGAAGUGGAGGAAACUGCACCGACAUCAACGAGUGUGCCGACCCUGUGAACUGCAUCAACGGACUCUGUGUGAACACACCUGGAAGCUACCUGUGCAACUGUCCGGCCGACUUUGAGCUCAACCCCACUGGAGUCGGCUGCGUUGACGUCCGUGUUGGAAACUGCUUCCUGGACAUCCUGGCUCGUGGAGACGGAGGAAUCUCCUGCAGUGCAGAGAUCGGAGUCGGUGUGACCCGAGCUUCCUGCUGCUGCUCCCUGGGAGGCGCCUGGGGAAACCCCUGUGAACUCUGCCCGCCUCCCAACUCCACCGAAUAUAAGACUCUGUGUCCUGGAGGAGAAGGAUUCAGACCAAACCCCAUCACUGUUAUCCUGGAAGAUAUCGAUGAGUGCCAGGAGCUCCCAGGACUCUGCCAGGGUGGAAACUGUGUCAACACUUUUGGCAGUUUCCAGUGUGAAUGUCCAGCCGGCUACUAUCUGAAUGAAGAGACUCGCAUCUGUGAAGAUAUCGAUGAGUGCACGACCCACAUUGGGAUCUGCGGGCCUGGAACCUGCUACAACACUCUGGGCAACUACACCUGUGUGUGUCCUCCUGAAUACAUGCAGGUCAACGGAGGAAACAACUGCAUGGACAUGAGGAAGAGCGUGUGCUACCGUAACUUCAAUGACACAUGUGAGAAUGAGCUGUCCUUCAACAUGACCAAGAAGAUGUGCUGCUGCGCCUACAACGUGGGAAAAGCCUGGAACAAGCCCUGCGAGGCCUGUCCCACUCCUGCUACCUCUGAGUACCAGUUACUGUGUGGGAACCAGGCUCCUGGCUUCAUCAUCGACAUCCACACCGGCAAACCGAUCGAUAUCGAUGAGUGCAGGGAGAUUCCUGGUAUCUGUGCCAAUGGAGUGUGCAUCAACCAGAUCGGGAGCUUCCGCUGUGAAUGUCCCAUGGGCUUCAGCUACAACAACAUCCUGCUCAUCUGUGAAGAUAUUGAUGAGUGUAACAGCGGGGACAACCUGUGCCAACGGAACGCCAACUGCAUCAACAUUCCCGGCAGCUACCGCUGCGAGUGUUCGCCCGGCUUCAAGCUGUCUCCCAGCGGGGCCUGUGUGGAUCGUAAUGAAUGUCAGGAGAUUCCUAAUGUCUGCAGCCAUGGAGAAUGUAUCGACACUCAGGGAAGUUACCGGUGUCUCUGCCACAACGGCUUCAAGGCUACAGCUGAUCAGACCAUGUGCAUGGAUAUCGAUGAAUGCGACCGACAGCCGUGCGGUAACGGAACCUGUAAGAACACUGUGGGAUCCUAUAACUGCCUCUGCUUCCCUGGAUUUGAGCUCACACACAACAACGACUGCAUGGACAUAGACGAGUGCAGCGCCCUGCAGGGUCAGGUGUGCAGGAACGGUCAGUGCAUCAACGGGCUGGGCUCCUUCCAGUGUCUCUGCCACGAAGGUUACGAAAACACGCCUGACGGGAAGAACUGCGUCGAUAUCAACGAGUGCGUGAGUCUGCCCGGCACUUGCUCUCCUGGAACUUGUCAGAACCUGGACGGAUCCUUCAGGUGUAUCUGCCCUCCUGGUUACGAGGUGCAGAACGACCAGUGUAUAGACAUCGACGAGUGCGACGUGGAGCCCAACAUCUGCCAGUUUGGCACCUGCACCAACACCCCCGGCAGCUUCCAGUGCUCCUGCCAGCCCGGCUUCGUUCUGUCCGACAACAAACGCCGCUGCUACGAUACCAGAGAGAGUUUCUGUUUCACCAAAUUUGAGACAGGAAAGUGUUCGGUUCCUAAAGCCUUGAACACCACCAAGGCCAAGUGCUGCUGCAGUAAGAUGCCUGGAGAGGGCUGGGGGCUUCCCUGUGAGCUCUGUCCUCGAGAGACUGACGCUGCUUUUAACACUCUUUGCCCGUACGGUCACGGAUCUCUGCCCGGACUGAACGCUCGAGAAGAUAUGAAUGAAUGUCUGGAUAACCCGGGAAUCUGCCAGAACGGAAUCUGCAUCAACACUGAUGGUUCUUUCCGCUGUGAAUGUCCGUUUGGAUACAACCUGGAUUACACCGGAGUCAACUGCAUCGACACCGAUGAGUGCUCCAUAGGAAACCCUUGUGGAAACGGAACCUGCACCAACGUGGUGGGAGGAUUCGAGUGUUCCUGCCAGGAGGGCUUCGAGCCGGGACCCAUGAUGACUUGUGAAGACAUCAACGAGUGCUCCCAGAAUCCUUUGCUCUGCGCCUUCCGUUGUGUCAACACGUUCGGCUCCUACGAGUGCAUGUGUCCUGCUGGUUAUGUGCUGCGAGACGACCAGCGCAUGUGCAGAGACCAGGACGAGUGCUCAGAAGGUCUGGAUGACUGCGACUCGAAAGGAAUGACCUGCAAGAACCUGAUCGGUACCUUCAUGUGUAUCUGUCCUCCUGGGAUGCAGCGCCGACCGGACGGAGAGGGAUGCAUGGACCUGAACGAGUGUCGGGCCAAACCGGGCAUCUGCAAGAACGGACGCUGCGUCAACGCGGUGGGAAGCUACCACUGCGAGUGCAAUGACGGCUUUGAGCCGAGCUCCACCGGAACCGAAUGCAUCGACAACAGGAAGGGCUACUGCUACACCGAGGUUCUGCAGACCAUGUGCCAGCAGUCGUCCACCAACAGGAACAGCGUCACCAAGUCCGAGUGCUGCUGCAACACGGGUCGAGGCUGGGGGUCCCAGUGUGAGCUCUGCCCGCUGCCCGGAACCGUCCAGUACAAGAAGAUGUGUCCACAGGGACCCGGAUACACCACCGAUGGCAGAGACAUCAACGAGUGCCAGGUGAUGCCGGAUCUGUGCCGUAACGGUCAGUGCAUCAACAGCAUCGGAUCCUUCCGCUGCCACUGCAACGUCGGAUACAAGACCGACUACACCGCCACCUCCUGCGUUGACAUGGACGAGUGCUCUCUGUCUCCAAAGCCCUGUAACUUCCUGUGUAAGAACACAGAAGGCAGCUACCUGUGCUCCUGUCCCAGAGGAUACAGCCUGCAGCCGGACGGAAAGACCUGCAAAGAUCUGGACGAGUGUUCGACCAAACAGCACAACUGUCAGUUCCUGUGUGUGAACACCAUCGGAGGCUUCACCUGCAAGUGUCCACCUGGUUUCACUCAGCACCAGACGGCCUGCAUCGACAACAACGAGUGCACGGCUCAGAGCAGCGUCUGUGGUUCUCGGGCUUCAUGUGUCAACACGCCUGGAAGCUUCAACUGUGAAUGCUCCAAAGGCUUCUCUCUGGACAGCACGGGACUGGAGUGUGAGGACGUGGACGAGUGUGGCAGUAACCACCGCUGCCAGCACGGCUGUCAGAACAUGCUGGGGGGUUACCGCUGUGGAUGUCCGCAGGGAUACGUCCAGCACUACCAGUGGAACCAGUGUGUCGAUGAGAACGAGUGUCAGGCUGGAACAGUGUGUGGUUCUGCUUCCUGCUACAACACGCUGGGCAGCUUUAAGUGCGUUUGUCCUUCCGGCUUCGACUUCGAGCAGAACGCCGGCGGCUGUCAGGACGUGAACGAGUGUUCGACGGGAACGAAUCCCUGCGUGUACGGCUGCUCCAACACCGACGGAGGAUACCUGUGUGGAUGUCCAGGAGGCUUCUACAGAGCAGGACAGGGUCACUGCAUAACGGGCUCAGGGUUCCCCGGUCAGCUGGCCGACGGAGACGAGGACGACAGUUUGUCUCCUGAAGCUUGUUACGAAUGUAAGAUCAACGGAGGAGGAAAGAACGGACGACACCGACGCCACACCGACAAGAACGACCUCAACCAGGAGGCGGUGGUGAGCAUGGCCAGCGUGGACAUCCAGACCUCCAUCCCCAUGAACGUCUCCCUGAGCUCGCUGCUCAACAAAGAGCCUCUGCUGGAGCUGCUUCCGGCCCUGCAGCCGCUGGAGCACCACGUCCGCUACGUCAUCACCCACGGCAACGCCAACGAACACUUCCGCCUGCUGGAACGCCGUGACGGGAAGAGCGUCCUCCGGCUGGGGAAGAGGCCCCCGUCGGCCGGGUCCUACCGGCUGGAGAUCGCCAGCCUGCCGCUGUUCGGGCCCCGGAGGAUGCACCAGCUGGAGGAGCAGCACGACAGCGACUACCGGCGAGGGGAGAUCGGAGAAGCCCUGCGCAUCAAGCUCCACAUCCACCUGCACUGAGCCGCUCUGGACUGACCUUCUACCCUCCACCUGCAGGGGCUCCCAUCAGGGCUGCCAAAGACUGAGUCAGCGGCCCCAGUCUGCCACCACUUUGUUACUGUUCAACUUAUUAUCUGUUCAUGUUUUGUGUGUUUUUUUUACCCUUCCAGUCCUGCCUGACCCUGUGAGAUCCAGUGGAGGAGGUGGCAGAGAGAUGACGCCGUUCUGGGACCACAGAGAAAGUCCAUGAAGCACUUUGUACAGCUGAGCGUAAGAACAGGCUUUAAGAGGCGGAUAAAGUGCUGAGAGUGGCCCACGCUGUCUGUGUACGCAGCACGUAUGUCAGUAUUUAAAUCACUAAAAAGGCUGGAGGCAAAGGCCACGCUGGUCCCAGGACUCCGUCACCUCUCUGUGAUCCUGGUAAAAAUAAAAAAGAUGAAACGUCACGGCGCUGGGGAUCCAGGUUUCCGCCCCUCUCAGUAUUGUAGUUUGUCAUUUAAUGUAUUUGUGCUGUUUGAAAAAUGUUAACACGAAGGACUGCAACAUUUCCACAGCAUUUCAGGUUCUUUUGGUCCAUAGCUCUCUGUUUUCUUUUGUUUUUUAUUAUUGCUGGAUGCCAAUUUACCGCUUUCUCUGUCAGAUAGUGAACCGCUCUGACGUUUGUUGGGUUACCUCAGUCAGGACUCCAUGCUGCCAUGCUGACUUUAAAACAUGAGGGGGUGCUAGCGUCCCUCGGCAUCCACCACCAGCAGGGAACACCAGCUAGUAGCUCUAAAGAAGAUAGACCAGGUCGCCUUUAUUAUCCUCUAAGGGAUUACUAUGACUUCAGGUGCACUGAUUCUGGACCUUCAUUUGUCCCACGUCUGGAGCUUUUAGCAUCUCCUGCCUUCUUUGUUGUUCUUUUAACAAAUCAAACCCUUCAGGAGAGCAGAGCAGGCGCCGGGCGGCUGAAACGACACUAAGCCGACUUUAUCUGACUUCUUUGACUUCACUGCUGAGCCUCGUUUACGACCCGACAGCAGGAUAAGAAAAGGUACACGACACGUUAAAGCUGUAACUGGCAGUGAAACCUCACUCUCACAGAAACACCAUCAGGUCAUAUUUCAUUUCUUGUGAUUUUGUUUUUUUUCUCUCAAAGAGGAAGAAAAAGGUGCUACAUGAUUCCAUCUCUUACGUGACGCUGUACAAAGAACAGUGCAGUCUUGAAUCUGGAUUGCAAAAGUGACUUUUUUUUGCUAGGUUUUGUUGUUGUGUUUGUCCGUCUUCUGUCUCAGUUGCUGAAAAACCAAUAUUAUAACACUUGCUUCUUGAAAAUUAAAUUGUAUAUUUUUAAGUGAAAUGUAGAUGUUUUUUUAAUGUCAAAUACUCACAGUAAACCCAAGAUUGAAGGCUUUAAAGUGCUGCUGACUUUGUUCUGAUUGAAAACGGCGUCUUGUUUUUAAGUCACUGAGAAACAGAAAACACGUCAGACUUGAAGAUAAUUAACAUUCCGAUUAUCUGGGAAGCUCACACUGUCUGUAAAAUGUCAUCAGGAUCGCGCAAACUCGUCCAUCCUGCUCGGAUCUUAUGGUGCUACGAUGAAAACACGCUUUUCUCUGAACGUUCAGGUUGCUGCACUGUUCCACAGCCGAGACUAUGUUUAUAAGACAACCGUUUUCUAACCUGGGAACCUUUGUAUACUUGUAUCUUUAAUGUCAGCUUGUAAUUUUUCUUUUUUUUGCCACUAUGUUGUUAUUUUUUUGUUUUUAAAGGAAAAAGGCAGUGUGUUGCGUGUGCUUACUGUAUCUCAGCUUCAAACUUGAAUCAUCAUCAUCUGCUCGCAUCCAAGUAUUUUAUACUUUAGAAUUCAGAAAAACAAGAAAGUUUUGAUUGUUUUUUAUUAUUAGGCUGAAACCUGUCAAUGAACUGAAAGCUGAUACGACAAUCAUCCAACCAGCUGAGGAUUAAUAAAAAAAUAAAUCUUUAAAAAAACCAAAGAUUCAUGACACAAAUGGCAGUUUUGUAAAAUUCAAAUGAUUCACAUAAAAUUGUAAACUUUUGUCCAGUGACAUAAAUGGCAAUAAAGUAAUGUGGGUUAUAUUUUUA